AUGUCGGCAUAUCCUAUCGGCCAACUCCUUACGCUACCAUUUUUACCGUUAAUUCGGCAUAUACCGAUCAAGCUCCAAGUCCUGAUCGGCAUCGCCUUUUCAAGUAUCGUCUCCUUCCUAUUCCCACUUUUAUAUGAUGUGAACCGAUGGCUGGCUGUAAGUAUGAGAUUCUUCCACGGGAUCUCGACGGCUGCAGCCGUCCCGUUGCUCGGCCACAUUUGCUCCCACUGGGCCCCGAAAUCGGAAAUCGGGCUGUUCGUCGGAACGGUGACUUGUUUUCCGCAGUUUGCGCUUUUCUUCACGCAAGCAACCUGUGGAGCAAUUUGCGAGUACGCUGGCUGGCGCUGGAUUUUCUACGUCCACGGGAUUGUCACGUUGAUGGUGGCGGCGUUGUGGGCUCUGCUUUUCCACGACUUCCCCAGCGACCACCCGCGCCUCCACCUUGACGAGCUGGGAAAAAUUUCGCACGGGAAAUUAGGCCACGCGACGACGGCGGCAAGGAGUUCAAACCACGAAAAGUUGAACGUGCCUUAUUGGCAACUCAUCACCCACAAAGGAGUCCUCGCUGUCCUUGCCGCCGCUUUCGGGACCUACCACGGUAUUUUACCGUCCGUCAACUAUGCACCAUUGAUCAUGAAGAAAGGCCUCGAGAUGUCUGAAAUCACAAUCUCCUACUUCACCUCGAUAAGUGUCGCCCUGCAAGCGACAUUGAAGAUUUUGAGUGGCAUCAUCUCCGACAAGAUGACCAUGACUGAGGCCAGCAAGCUGAAGAUGUUCAACACAAUUUCUUGCGGGCUACCCGGAAUGCUAUUGAUUAUUACGCCGUUUUUGCCGAAAGGCAACAAGAUACUCUGUGCUAUCAUGAUGGUGAUAUGCCAGGCAAUAUUAGGGUUAAAUUCGGCCGGGUUUAAUCGGGCAGCGAUUGUGGUUGGAGGUAAAUACUCGUCAACAAUAAUGGUCUGGGUGGGCAUCAUCCUAAAUUCUGCCCUCGCCAUCCAGCCCUACAUCAUUUCGUGGGUGGCCCCGGAGCAUACUUGGGUUCAAUGGAUGCCUCUAUUCAUCGGCCACGGCUCCAUCAUCUUCCUCUCGAAUCUCAUCUUUUGCUGGUGGACCAACGGGAAAGCAUUUGUCGGGAAG